GUUUACCGACUUCCUGUUUCCGGUUCUCUGUGUUUUUGUUGCUGUCACGAGAUACAUAAGAUUUUUAGUCUUAUUAUUAUCAUCACUAAAGCAGUUUUAUUCUCUGUAUAAAGUGUCCUCUAACAUAUUUAAUGCUUGUAUAAAGGAUCAUGUUGACUUUAUACGGAGGGGACAUCAGCAAAGGUCUGGAAAAUGUCCCAGUUUGCAUCGAAAAAGACGUGAUUGAAGGCAGUUUGCACAACUUCCAGUACACUCCAGAGAACAUUCAGGGUCUGGGCUGUGAUGUUGACCCGAGUGAAGUGACCCUGCCAGGCUGCUCAUGUCGCUCUGUGUCCUGUGAGCUGCUCGGCUGCCCGUGCCUGCGUUUCGGCCUGGCGUACACCGAGGGAGGCUUACUGGUGCAGCGAGAGGAGUCGGGUGCCUCUUACAGCCAGCCUGUGUUUGAAUGUAAUGCCCUGUGUGCAUGUAGCGAGUCCUGCCAGUCUCGCGUGGUCCAGAAUGGCCUGCAAACCCGCGUCUGUGUUUUCCGAACAGAGAACCGUGGCUGGGGGGUCAUGACCCUGGAAGCCAUCACACGUGGCAGUUUUGUGUGCGAGUACGCCGGGGAGGUGAUCGGGUUUGAGGAGGCACGGAGGAGGCAGCUGUCUCAGACUCCUGAAGAUAAGAAUUACAUCAUUGCCGUGCAGGAACACGGUGGCUCUCUGAGGACCGGCGUGACGUUUGUGGAUCCGGACACCUUCGGCAACGUGGGGCGCUUUCUGAACCACUCCUGCCAGCCCAACCUGACCAUGGUGCCUGUGCGUGUGCACUCCUUGGUGCCCAGACUGGGCCUCUUCUCCAGACGAGACAUAGAGCCAGGCGAGGAACUCACCUUCGAUUACUCAGGAGGACAUGCGCCGAGAACCGAUGCUUCUGCCGAAGGAGAUCUCCAGAGGAAAGUGUGUCUGUGUGGUGCACACAACUGUACUGGCUUUCUACCUUUAGACUUUUCAGUUCUGCACUAGAUACAGUCGGGAAAUGAUUCCGUACCUUAUUUAUAGGUUAGAAUGCAAUCGUUAUGAACACACACGUUAUAAACACACACAUUUAUAAGUAUUGCAGCUGACAUGUUUCACCUGUAUUCAAUCUGGCAGCCUGUCUUAAAGAAACAGUCAUUAUUAAAUGAUAUCUCAGAGA